CCAAGUUUUCGGCGGUUGCAAACUCUCUACGGCACCUCAAAUAUCAAUCAGAAACGCUACCCCUCUGACAACGCGCUUGACAUGACCUAUAAUGAGGAAAAAUCCCAGCAAGCGAAUUCUAUGAUGCCCCAAUUCUAUGUAUCCGGUCGAAAAGCGGGAACAGUGAAGAUUGCUGUUCGGAGCCGAAGUGAACAGACGAGUCCCACCAAUAAUGGACCUUCAAGUCCCCGGCAGGUCUUUCGAGUCGCGACAGGAGGUGGUGGCGGAGCACCAUAUGACGACCGAGUGCGCUCACAGCACGUCAUUCUACCUCAAAGCACUCAGCCGAAAAAUACCACAUCCUCGUCUGUAGACGGUCCGCAGAGUGAAGACGAUGAAAACCAGACCCUGCCCUCUGUACGUGAGAUCAUUCGCCAGGUUGAAGAAAUGACCUUGAAGAAUAACAGUUCGGCGCACAACAGCAGUACCUCACUGAACCACAGUCACUCCGGUGGAUCGACAAUGCACAUCUCGAGGUCUCUUUCCCGACCUGUGAAUGCUGAAGUGCCGGGUAGAGGAGAGAAUAGUAGAUCACUCUCUGCCUCCUCCGCGCAAAUUAAUGGAGGAACCUUGGGGAGAAUGACUAAUCACAAUGGAACCUAUUAUGCCACCAGCUCGAAUUCCAGCGAUUUCGAUUCACAUACAGUUGGAAGAGGGUACGCCACAACCCGACGGGAAGAUUUCGACUCAGAUAAUCGCAGAAGCGCCGGACAAUCUGUAAGACCCCUGUUUCUUGACUUCCUUUUUGAAUAG